CUGCAUAUAAAUACUGAGUGGAUAUCUUGCAGCUGUUAAGUGCCCUCUUCCUCUGAGACUGCCGUCAGUAUUUCUCUCAACGAACCUGAGAAAAGGAAGACAGAGGCAAGCAAGAGGUUCUUCAUGCAGGUGAUACGAAAUAUAGCAAAGCAAUGCCUCUCCUGUCACUGCAGAGAUGCCAGAAACAUCCAGUGAGAGUGUGAGAUGUGGACAGCACCAAGCUCAACCACAACAUGUCAAGAUCAAACAGCUGGAGGAGUCACGGACCCCUCCUCCUGUUCUUUCUCAGACCAGGGAUGUGGUAUCACCCCCUGUAUCAGGAAGUCAGUGUUGGACCAGUAUGGAAGGCAUAAGGCAGAAGCAACAGAGACCAUCAGUGCUGCGUCAAGUUUCCCAAAGCGCCUCGAGAAGACAACACGUGCAUUCAGGAAAUAUUGAAGCCACCUCCAGUUGCAAGGAAGAAGUGGAUGCAGGAAAUCUUUCUCAGUCCUCAUCACUGCAGAUGGGCUCCUCUCUCAGGCAAAGCCAUCACUUGCUCCCUCUGAGGAGAGACAACCCAAAGCAGAGCUCCAUGGAGGCCAGACUUCAUGAUGGCAUCCCUGAGGGGACCAGUGCUCUGUUUGUGAGUGGUCUCUGCCGCUGGCCUGGAUGUGAUGCAGUAUCUAAAGAUUUUCCUAGCUUCUUAAAACAUCUCCAUUCUGAACACAGUCAUGGUGACAGAAGCAUUGCACAGUGGAGGGUCCAGCAGGAUAUUGUUCAGUGCAUGGAGGGUCAGCUCAUCCUGGAAAAACAGAAACUCAUUGCGAUGCAACGUCAUCUGCACCUCUCUGAACACAAAUACACUGAUUUGAAGGCAGCUUCUGAGUGGCCGUACAGCCUUCCCCUGUUCCUGCCACAGCCUCAGGUGGCAGAUGGAGACAGAGUGCAACAAUGGUGCAUUAAACAUCUGGAGGAGUUGUCCCAGCAUGGCUACAGAGCUACUGGUUCUGCUAACCUUCUGCCAGAUUUGGUCCCCAGUAUUGAAUGUUACAAGUACAACAACAUCAGGCCUCCGUACACCUAUGCCUACUUGAUAAGAUGGUCUAUCCUGGAGUCUCCACAUAAACAGCGCACUCUUAAUGAGAUAUACAACUGGUUUACAACCAUGUUCUUCUACUUCAGACACAACACUGCAACCUGGAAGAAUGCAGUGCGUCACAAUCUCAGCCUUCACAAGUGCUUUGUACGAGUGGAGGGAGGAAAGGGAGCUGUGUGGACGGUGGAUGAAACGGAGUACCAGAGGAGGAAGGGGCAGAAGUAUCACAGGGACUGUCCUGUCAAGUGGCUCACAUCCUACUCCCAUUACUGUCCGGAGGACCCCUGAAUACCAGCAGAUGGCAGCACUGAGCUGCUGGAGUCAUAUCCAUGUGUAGUGGUAAUUUGAGCUGCAUUAAGAAUUGAUUAAAUCUGUUGACAUGUCUGUUUGUAUUUUGUUUUAUUUUUAUAUGUUAAACAUGGUUAAACAAGCCAGCAUUGUUUAUUUUGUACACACAGUCUUUGUGCUCACUGAUUUCUAAUUGAAAAGAAAUGUUGCAAAAUAAAUGAAGCCAAUCUUUGUGGCUGUUUUGUGUUCA